AUGAGCCAGUACGGUGUACAGGUUAUACGAGGACCUGACGAAAGGGAAAACAUUGCGUUGGAAAUGCUCUGCAUUGGUCAAAAAUGCUUAGGCACCGCAGUAAACACGAACGAUCUUCCUGUCAAAUCUUCCAAGCAGAACUUCACCGCCAUUUCACCAUUUGACAUUUCGUAUCACGGGAAAUUACAGGGCCUUCUCUUCGUGUGA